AUAGUAUACAUUUGAUUUUGAAUAUUCGAAAUUUGUUAUGAUAUGGUUAAGAUUUAAUAUUUAAAAUAUUAUUGGAUGAACCCGCCAAAACUGUUUUGAGUAUUUUCAUUUACAUUCUUUCCAAUUUCUAUCAUCUUCAAAAGUUUAGAAUUAUGCCCGGCAACUGUUUGUCAAAAGUCCUGAAUGGAGUAAAUGCUCUGAGAAAAACGCGCAGCCGAAUCCCAAUUGCCACCAUCACCACCGCCUCCAAAAUCCCCGCCAUGGAUGACCGCCAAACGCUCAACACCCGCCUUUGUAUCAUCGGCAGUGGCCCCGCGGCCCACACUGCUGCCAUCUACGCCGCCCGCGCCGAGCUCAAACCCGUCCUAUUUGAGGGCUGGAUGGCCAACGACAUCGCCCCCGGCGGCCAGCUUACCACCACCUCCGAGGUCGAGAAUUUCCCGGGGUUCCCUCAAGGUAUCGACGGCCUCGAGAUCACGGACCGUUUCCGCAAGCAGUCUGUUCGGUUCGGGACUGAGAUCUUCACUGAGACGGUCUCCAAGGUCGAUUUCUCGGCUAGGCCUUUCAAGGUGUUUUCCGAUGCUAGAAUUGCCCUAGCCGACUCCGUCGUCGUGGCUACUGGCGCUGUCGCCAAACGCCUCGAGUUCCCCGGCUCUGGCGAUGGGGAAAACGGCUUCUGGAACCGCGGCAUAUCAGCCUGCGCCGUCUGCGAUGGCGCUGCCCCUAUUUUCCGUAACAAGCCCUUGGCCGUGAUCGGAGGCGGCGAUUCUGCUAUGGAGGAAGCUACUUUCUUAACCAAAUACGGGUCAAAAGUGUACAUAAUUCACAGGAGAGAUGAAUUUAGGGCUUCAAAGAUUAUGCAGAAUAGGGCCUUAAAUAAUCCUAAGAUUGAAGUGCUCUGGAACUCUGUAGUGGUAGAGGCUUUUGGAGAGAAGAUUCUAGGUGGACUGAAGGUGAAGAAUGUGCUUACUGGGAACGUCUCAGAUUUGAAGGUUUCGGGUUUGUUUUUCGCUAUAGGGCAUGAACCAGCAACAAAGUUCCUGAAUGGGCAAUUGGAGUUGGAUUCAGAUGGAUACAUUUUGACUAAUCCCGGGACAACUAUAACCAGUGUCAAAGGUGUUUUUGCAGCUGGAGAUGUUCAGGAUAAGAAGUAUAGGCAGGCUGUCACUGCUGCUGGCUCAGGAUGCAUGGCAGCAUUAGAUGCAGAACAUUACCUUCAAGAAAUUGGAGCACAAGAUGGAAAGAGUGAUUGAUGACCCUGAUUAUUCUUCCUCACAAGUAUUAUGUAUAGAUAAGUGGUGAAAAUGAUUUUCAUGCUUAAUCUCCAUUACUAGUAUUGAGAAAUCUGAAGUUUUUAUGUUCCUCAGUCAAUUCAGAUGGCAUUGAACACAUGUGAACCAAACAUCUGAUUGAAUGCAAUAACUAUGGUUCUAGUGUUCAAACAGAAUAAGAUUCACUGUAAAUUUCUAGACAUCCCAAGUUAUAUAUAUCCCCUUUGUUGCCCUUGGA